CUAAUGGUCCUCCAAUCCAAGAACCCCAAAGCUCAAAGGAUCGAUAUGAGCAAAGGAAAGGGGGCAAAUUUUCCUCAAGAUCUCAAAAUAAGGAGUCCAUGACGAUCAAUGCUAUGCCUGUCAAGUUCAAAGGAAAAGUUGCUGAUAAAACCAUUGAAAAGAAGAACGUCCCCAAGGAAACUGAACAAAGAAGAUUGACUCUGAAGGAAAUGCAAGCAAAGCAGUACCCUUUCCUUGAUUCAGAUGUCUCUGGCAUAUUUGAUGAUCUAGUAGAAGCAAAACUCAUUGAGUUACCCGAGAUGAAGCAUCCCAAAGAAGCUGGUAGGGUGAAUGACCCAAAAUACUGCAAAUACCACCGUCUUGUAGGGCAUCCAAUUCAUGACUGCUUCGUAUUCAAGGACAAGGUUAUGCAGCUGACACACCAGGGAAAAUUUUCACUAGAAGAAAGUAGUGCAACUGCUAAUCAUAUAAGUGAAGCUUGCAACAUGAAGAAUGAGCACGAAGCUCCGCUAGAAGAAAACAAUAGGCCUGAGGUUGAAACUCACCAUGUUGAUAACGAUUCCAUGAUGGUCUUUACUGAUGAAGAUUUGCUGCUCG